AUGGCGGCUGGCAAGAGAGAGCCGGGUAUUGGCCGAGUUCUUUUUCCUCAAGAAAACCCCCCUCUGUUCAGGCCCACUUAACUCCCAGGAACCUCGCAGGGAUUCAAGGAGGGGAAGUGGAACCCCGCCCGACGCACAAACCGCCUUUUCUUUCAUUUAGUUGAAGGGCCCCACUCGGAUUCAAACCAUGGGCGUAGCCAAGCCCCACAUAAUCCAUACAGAUCUGAUGUUCUGCCCCCCUAACAAAAGACCUGGCUACGCCCAUGGUUCCACCUCAACGCCGACCCCAUGGUCUUUCCUAUAGAGCGGAGUAACCGACCCCGUUGUUAGACUCCAAGCAAAUGCAAAGUUAAGUUUUUUUUAGCUCUCCCGGGCCCAGAGACUGAACACGUUUGCUUUAGUUUUGUUUAUAUAUCUAACAGAUCUACCCCAAACGGUUUGCCAUAAAUAUUAAAAUUACCAAUAAAAACAAAGCAAUUAAAACAUUUAAACAUAAUUAAAAUUAAUGGUAAAGGAGAUUAAAGCACGUCAGCAUAGGUGCGUCCUGGCAGGUGUACUUUGGGAUAUAAACAGGAAAAGACAGGAAUUCAACCUGGGCGAGUUAAAAGUAACCACCCACAUACCACCACAGGUGGAUUGGGGCCGAAGCGUAAUAUUAGUAACAGAACAUAAUACAAGAAUGUAGUUUGAUAUUAAACAAAACAUUCAUUCCCAACUAGCUGUAUGUUUUACAAUAGGUGUAAAAUGCUUGGUCCUACUCAUUUGGGGCUUUAUAGCUUAUGGGGAAAGCAGCUGGCGAUAAUAAAGUGUAUAAAAUUAUGCAUGGUGUAGAGAAAGGGACAAUAGGGAUGGUUUUUCCUUCAUAUAACGCUAUAACCUGUGAAAUGGUGGGAGACUCAAAAGUACUUCUUAACACAAUGCAUAGUAAAUGCGGAAGUUGCUACCACAAGAAAUGGUGAUAGCCACCAAUUUAGACAGCUUUAAAAUGGGAUUAAGGGACGCAGGUGGCGCUGUGGGUUAAACCACAGAGCCUAGGGCUUGCCGAUCAGAAGGUCAGUGCUUCGAAUCCCCGUGACGGGGGGAGCUCCUGUUGCUCGGUCCCUGCUCCUGCCAACCUAGCAGUUCGAAAGCACGUCAAAGUGCAAGUAGAUAAGUAGGUACCGCUCCGGCGGGAAGGUAAACAACGUUUCUGUGCGCUUCUCUGGUUCACUUAGUCAUGCUGGCCACAUGACCCGGAAGCUGUAGGCCGGCUCCCUCAGCCAAUAAAGCGAGAUGAGCACCGCAACCCCAAAGUCGGUCACGACUGGACCUAAUGGUCAGGGGUCCCUUUACCUUUACCUUAAAAUGGGAUUAGAUAAUUCCUGGAGGGUAGGGUUAUCAAGGUCAUGGUAGCUACCUGCUACCUUCAGUCUACCUCUGAAUACUAGUUCCUUGGUAACAGCAGCAGAGUUCUGUCAUGGUCAUGCUGUGCUUGUGGGCUUUUCAAGAGUUAAGUUCAGCAAUGAUAGCUGGUGAAAAUAUCAGGAUGCAUAUCCUCAUUCUCAGGAUGCAUUAAGCGUCACAUGCUAAAAUGGGUGGAGGAAACGGAAUCCUCUGCUUAGCUCAUAUGUAAAUAGUAUUGCUUGUUAGAUAAGUUGAUUUGGACAUCACCAGCUCAUGGAGGUUGUGAAAUUGCCCAUGAACUGGAGUCCUGAUACGUGGUAUGCAUGUAAUCCAAAAAAACCAUUUUACUCGGAAGGGAGAAAUCUGAAAAUAUAUAUAACAAAUUAUUGAAUUAAAAACAGAAGCAAAAAUGUCAAGAGCCAGCACUAACAAUAUAUUAAAGAGAAAAAGAAUACAAAACUUAAUGUUUAAAAAGGAAUGUUUUCAAGCUAUCCCCCCCCCCCCCCCCGCAAACACACAUUGCUUCCCCAGAUUUCCUGUUGUAAAAAAAGAGCAAGGGACAAAGCUGAGUUAUUGCUUCCCCUCCCCAAGGUGCUUUCAGCUAUACAUCAUUGGUGAACAGAAAGCUUUUAUGGCAGAAACCAGUGUUUUACAUCUGGCUCUGGCCUCAAUACCAUCAGAAACCACAGGGCUUCACUCACUGCACCUCCCUGGUAUAAGAACUAUUUGUUUCAAUGAUUGGUACCAACCACACCAUAAUUAUCCAACUAAAUGGGUGGCAUUAAGUGAACCCUUACAUUACUGAGCUAUUCCCACGCAACCUUGGGGACUGAAAUUCGUCAGAAAACGGGGACUCCCUCUUUCAGUGGCAUGUUCCUGCAAAAGUGGGUGGGCAGCCAGGUAUACUUGCCCUGGAACUCGGAGGACUAAGUUGGUGGGAGGGGGGCUGCCAUGGACCGGCUGCUUUUUUGUUUGAGUUUAUAACUUUAUUCUGACAAGACACUUCCCAGGCUUCAGACAAGCUCUGCAUGGGCCUGCCACUGGGGUAUCACAAUUGUUCAAAUACUUGCAACAUGUUGUAGAAAGUAGACAUUUGAUAAAACAUGGUCAAAAUCCUGAUUACUGAGACACCCAUCUGCUCAGAAGUUAAGUUGCAGGCCUAGGCCAUUCUGCUGCUUAUAUGCCUGACCUUACCUAUUUGUUUCACCCUUCAGAUGACAGCUUCAGAUAUCAAUUUUCCCAGGAGAAUACUCAGCUCCCAGUGCAAAACAGGUAAGAAACACAAGACUGCGCAGUUGUGUUAGGAAUACUUGCAGCUCUAGGAAUAGUCCUAGGUGUCACCAUUAAAACCAGCUCUUCAGCACUUUGAACAAUUCAAUAAUAAAACAAAGUUGCUUAUUAUAUCUGCAACAAAAUGUUGCAGUAUGGAGUGCCGACUUCCAGGGUACGCUUAUCCAUCAUCCCUCCAUGUGUUCUUAUUCCCAAACUUAAAACAGCAUUCUGUGGCCACUGAGCGUGCUCAAUCUCAUUGAACUGUGUUUCCACCCACAUCCCACGUCUCUUGUACUUCCUCCAUGCCAGCUGAUACCUUCCUUGGUGUGCACAAAUGAACACAAAUGUGCCAUCUAUAGGCUUAAGAUGAAUAUUGCUGCUAGUGUGGCUAAGAACAUGUCACUCGCGUUAUUAGCAGCUAUAAUGAAUGUAUCCUCAGUUAAGGAUUACAGACUUAUUGGCAAUACAGUGGUAUCUCGGGUUAAGUACUUAAUUUGUUCCGGAGGUCCGUUCUUAACCUGAAACUGUUCUUAACCUGAAGCACCACUUUAACUAAUGGGGCCUCCUGCUGCCACCGCGCCGCUGGAGCCCGAUUUCUGUUCUUAUCCUGAAGCAAAGUUCUUAACCUGAAGCACUAUUUCUGGGUUAGUGGAGUGUGUAACCUGAAGCAUAUGUAACCUGAAGUGUAUGUAACCCAAAGUACCACUGUAAUUACUUGUGGUACAUGGGAACAUUUCCAGAGCUUGCAAUUACUAGGAACGGGUAUAUAAUACCAGGGCUUUUUUUAAAGCUGGAACUCAGCAGAACCUUUUUGGUGCGUUCUGGCAGCCUUUCAGCUGAACAAAUUUGGGUGGAUGCUCAGCAAGUUUCACCACCUCUUUCUAGAACCUCCCCCCCAUACUACUAUAUGCAAACUGAUACUGAUGUGCAUCUGAUAUGAAUAAUAAUGUGCUUGUUUGUAUACUGUUAUAAAUAACAAGCUAUGGCCUCUUAAACUAUGUGUGUGGAGUUAUUGGUUUUGUUUGUUAUUAUGGUAUGCAUUUCUGUGGUUUUAUAUUGUAAACUGCCCUGUGAUCUUCAAAUGGAUGUUAUAGAAAUUUAACAAUACGCUCUAGUAAGGGAGCCUGUCAAUAACCCAUUUGAUUAUAUGAGGUAUAAUUAUUCCACCACUGUGAAGAGAAUUGUAUCAUUGUGUGUACCCUGUGGUAAUAAUAAUGAAAAUUGGUAUUAAUCGUGUGUGUGUGAAAAUCAGCUCAUGUGUUUGUUUCAAUGUCAGCUUUAAUUUCCCACCCCUGUCAGAAGAGUUUUGAAGUAUGUUCACCUUCCAGGAUUGAGGAGAGGUACCCCGUCUGCUGUCAUACAUAAACCCAUAAAAAGCAAGCUCAUCGGCAUACUGGGACUUACUCUGCCUCACAGGCAAGGUCUGGUGGAGUGGGGAAUCAGCAAUUGCAGCAGAAGCUCACCUAGGGUAGGCAACCACAUCCUCUCCCUUCUAGGGGGAAGGCAGGGUGGUGCCAUGCUCUUCCCCCUCAGCAACGCCAACUGUCUCCACGAAUCGUGGAGAAAUUGGCAGUAGCGGGCAGCCAUGGGAAUAGCACUCCACUGCAGCUGCUGCCAGUAUUGUCGGCUGUUGCCUGUACUACAUACAAAACUAUUUGUAGUAAAAAGUAUGACUUAAUCCAGUAG